AUGCCGUGCAACCCCGCACUGAUGCGCCUCAUGGGCGAGCUGAAGGACCUCCAGCGCGAUCCCCCGCACGGCUGCUCCGCGAGCCCGAUCGGCGAGGACAUGUUCAGCUGGGAGGCGACGAUCAUGGGGCCGGACGAGUCCCCGUGGGAGGGGGGGAUUUUCGGCCUCAAGCUCCACUUCGACACGUCCUACCCUUCAAAACCCCCCCGGGUGUACUUCACGACGUCCCUGUUCCACCCCAAUGUGUACCGGGACGGCUCGGUCUGCGUCGACACGAUCGCCGAGCGCUGGUCGCCCUGCAACACCGUCUCCACGAUCCUCGUCGCGCUGCAAAGCCUCCUCACGGACCCGAACCCGGCCUCGCCCGCCAACCCCGAAGCGGCGCGGAUGCUGGUGAAGGACGUGAAGGCGUACACGCGCAUGGUGCGACAGUGCGCGCAGCGCACCCUCGAGGACUGA